AGUCCUUGGAGGCCUGUCUGCCGGGGGCAUCAGACGUGAACAUGGACUCAUCUGGAGACGAGUCCAUGCACGGCGUUCUGACCACCGACGCGGCAAUUGCGACCUACGUCGCUCAGAAAAUGGCUCAGCCCGAACGCCGUGAGCGCCCACCAACCCACGGCAGGUACAUUGGUCUGGGCAAAGCUAGGGAGCAGCUCCAGAAAGGAAAAAUGGAAGAGAAGGAACGCGCCUUAGACCAGGUGCGGCAACAGGCGUACGCGGCGGCAACAAAACGCCGCUCCAACGCGGAUGUCUCGGGGCGGUCCUCCGACACCGAGUCGGUGAAGCGGCUUCGGCGUACCGUCCAACGAUUCGGAGGGACGGACGUUGAAAGGGAGUGCGAGACCCGCGCCACGUUGGACCUUGUAGAUUUAAUCUACAAGGCCGUCGGCGUGUGCGACGAGGUGGCGGGUCGCGCAAAGCGGUUGAAGGAUACCGACGUGAAAGCCCUUAGGGACGCGGGACGAGACGGUUGUACAGUUGCGAACGCAUUGUACGAGUGUCUGCGAGAUGAACCUGGGGCACGGACAGCUCGUGUCCUGCCUCAGGUUUAUAAAGAAAACGAGGAGCUUCGGCUCGANACAAAGAAGUUGCAAGACGAGGUGGUGGCGUUGACGGCAAAAAUUCGCAUGCCGCCACCACCUCCUCCUCUCCCCCCGGCACAGGAUCGUCUGGCCGAGAAUGCGCUGCUUGAGCGCAUCUCGGCGCUAAUAGACGCCAAGCUCGCGGCCCUGAACUUACCCGCUCAGGGUGCAGGACGCGCGGGUUUGACUAGCCGGGGAGAUGGCCGCGAUCGGCCAUCAUNGCGGGAAAAAGUACGGGGUGAGCCAAAAGCCAAGGCUGCCGCCAAGGCCGCUGCCAAGGCCAAGCCUAGGGCUCCACACCCGGCCCUAUCCCAGACGGAGAAGAAAGCUCCAGGACCCUCGUCCUCCAUUGCUGGAAGCGAGGCACCCUGGAGCACAGUGGUGGGCCGUAAGGCUCGACGGGCGGCUGGGUCAGCGGCCUCUGCCGCCCCCAGUCGCGCCGGUAAAGCACCGGCAUCCGCCCCAGGGGCCAGCGCAACCGCGCAACCCGCUGGAGGCGGAAGAAAGAANAAGAGGGUCAGGCUCCGGGUGCCUAAGUCGGCAGCAAUCACGCUGUCGACUGAUCCAGCUCAUCCCGGAGCACUGGACAUCUCGGAGGGGAUGCGCCGAUGCCGUGAGGCGAUACCACUGUCGUCAGUGGGUAUCGCCCACGUGCAGCCUUGGCGAACUAUGACCGGCGACCUCAUGAUUGAGGUCACCGGUGACUCUAUGGCCGAGAAGGCAGAUGCCCUCUCGGCAAGGAUGAAGGAGGUCCUCCGGGAUACAGGGAUCGUCGUCNGCCGCCCGGCGCGCAAAGAAAACUUGCGCGUCUCGGGCUUCGACGACUCCGUAUCCCCGGAGGAGUUAAAGGCGGCGCUGGCUUCGGCCGGAAAUUGCCGAGAGGCAGAGAUCCGUGUGGGCGAAACCCGGACUUUGCCUUCCGGCAUGCGAGGAGUGUGGGUGCAGUGCCCCGUGGCUGCUGCCAAGAAAUUGGCAACAGCCCGCACUGUCAAAGUGGG